AAGAUAAUCUCUAUAUACUGUCAAUAUACAUUUUAUUUUGUUCAACACUGUCAAUAUACAUCUUAAUUUUCAAUCGACACACUGUUUCUGUUUCUGUCUGUGUGUUUUAAUUAUAUGACUAUCCGGUUAGGACAGCUCUAAUUUCAUUAUAUUUUUCAUUCUAAAAUAAAUUAAAAUAGAAUAUGAAACUAAAAAAAAACUCUAAUCUUAUUUUAUUUUUCAUUCUAUUUACUUCAUAUUUUGUUUUAUUUUAUUUUAAAAGUAAAAAUAGAGAUUUACAUUGUAGAUGCUAUUUAUUAAGUAGAAAACCAUGACAAAUUUUUCAAAUGUAAAAUAAAAAUCUUAUGGUUAUACUCAUUCUGUUUUAUAAUAAGUGUUAUUCUAAUUUUUUUUUCUUGUUACAUAAAAAAUAUCAAUUUACAAUUCUAAUGCAAAUUAUACUUACUUUCAGUUAGAAAAUUAAUUACAAACUACAUUGAUUUUAUAAAUAAUUUUAUUUAUCUUAAAUACUAUUGAUCAGAGAUGUAAUUAAUAAUAAUGAGUAUAUUUCAACCACUUUCUUAAUCUGUGUGAAAAAUAUCAAAAUGAUACUUAUUCAGAAACAGAAACAGAAGAAAUAUAAAAUAUGAUACUCCUGUAUUUGCAUCUAUACAAUCUACAUUUCACCCUUGCAGGCCAAAAAAACAAUAAACAUAAAGUCAACACUGUUGGUACAAAAGAUACUAUCAUAGAUCUGUCCUCUGAACUUAAAUAUCAACUUCAUCUCCCCCUAUCACCAUCAUCCUCUCUUUCUCAUUUGUGAACAGUAAAACUCCACAGUGCCAGACUUUCCGUUUCCUUUUGAUGCAGUUUCCAUUUCCUUUCGCAUAAAAUAUUUCUGCAAUAAAUUCUAAAUUUUAAAUCAUACACUUGUCAUUUAUUAGCGCAAUACCCAUUUUCCCUAAAGUCUCUCAUAUCAUAAACACAAAUUUUAUUUUCAAGAAAUCUAGAGAAGAAGAGAAAAAAAAAAUCCCAUGGAGAUGACAAGAAGCCACUUCUUAGCAUUGUUACUCGGAGUCUCUAUAUCAGCAUUAGCCAUCCUACUCUUGUUCAUCUUCUGCACAAGAAGAAAACGUUCAUCUACUGAAUCUGAACAACACGACGUCGAGUCCCAUGGAUUCUCCUCAGAGACAGGGGAGCUCGUGACGUUUCGCGGCGGAGAAGAUCUCACCAUCUGCGAUAUCCUCGAUGCUCCGGGAGAAGUCAUUGGCAAAUCAAGCUACGGCACUCUCUACAAGGCUUCCUUGCAACGCAGCGGUAAAGUUAGAGUUCUCAGGUUUCUCCGACCGGUUUGCACUGUGAGAUCGGAUGCUAAGGAGUUUAACGGCGUCAUCGAGACGCUUGGGCUUGUUCGACAUGAGAACUUGGUUCCUCUGUUGGGUUUCUAUGGUGGAAACAGAGGAGAGAAGCUUAUGGUUCAUCCUUUCUUCUCUUCCGGGAAUCUUUCCGACUUCAUCGCAAGUGGAGAUGAUGAAUCAGUAAAAUGGAUCAACAUUUUACGCAUCACUAUUGGAAUAACCGAAGCUCUUGAUUAUCUUCACAAUAGGAUACAGAAACCAAUAGUCCACGGCAAUUUAAAAUCCAAGAACGUUCUUCUGAACUCGAGUUUCGAACCUAGAGUCUCUGAUUAUGGGUUGCAUCUGCUUUUAAACCAAACGGCAGGACAAGAGAUUCUUGAUGUUUCAGCAGCCGAGGGAUACAAAGCUCCCGAGUUGAUAAAGGUGAAGGAAGUGAGCAAAGAGAGUGAUGUGUAUAGUCUCGGUGUGAUCAUGCUUGAGCUAGUCACUGGUAAAGAACCGAUAAAUAACGAUCCAACAGGCGAUAACGAGUUGUAUCUUCCUGAUUUUGUGAGGAAUGCUGUUAUUGAUCAUAAGUUGUCUGAUCUAUACCGUCCUGAGAUUCUCAAGAGUAGUGGUGAUAUGAGUGAAGAACUUGUCCUCAAGUAUUUUCAGCUUGCAUUGUCUUGCUGCUCUCCUUCGCCUUCUCUUAGGCCAAACAUCAAGCAGGUCUUGAGGAAACUCGAAGACAUCAAGAAAUGUUAGAAUGAUUGGAGUAAGAACAAAGAAGGAAGCGUUACAACUCUUUACAAAGGUUCUUGACUAAAAGAUCAUAGUUAAAGGAAAAAUAGGAGUUGCGUCUGAGGAGAAAGACUUCUGAUAUGAUCAGUGGCCUGACGAGAUGCAGAACACUGAUUGAUGUUAAUGAAGAUAACAAGGAACAAAGUUAUUAGGAGAGUAACACAAUUGUAAAGAGGAGAGGAUUGUACGUAGAAUUUUACACAUCUUGUGAGAGAUGUGCGUGGGAUACUGGGAUAGUCUUCAGACGAUUGGAGAGAUAGUGACUAUUUGUCAAACCAUAGUUCGUGAUUGUAGUGUAUACUCUUUGAGUUUCAUUAACCUUUGUCUUUUCAAAGUUAGUGUUCAUGUUCUGUUUUGUUCUCCUGCGCAUAUUAUGUAAUUAAUUUUUUUUUUGUA